GUACACAGUACACUUUGACAUUUAAUGAAGUUAUUUAUCGUGUUCAGUUCUGAACUUUAAAUUUACGAAGUUAUUUUAAUUAAAACUUUAAAGAAAAUGGAUGGAAUAGCCAGUUAUAGUGCAUUUUUAGCAGCUCAUAAACCGCAACUUGUUUUAUCUGGUGUUCCAGAACAUUUCUGGGCGAUCUUAUGUAAAAAAAUUAAAGAUCAAAUAUUUGACUCCGGUUCAGCAUUUCAAUUGGUAAAAAUUGAUUAUGAUGAAGAUGAAAGGGCACCCUAUGAUCCUCUAUGGAGUGUCAUGGCAGUCCGAGAUAUAGAUCGAACAAAUUCUAGUCAUAUUUAUCUUAUUGAUCACGCGUGGACAUUUAAGAUAAAUAGCAUUCGAAAUAACCUAAGAAAUGUACCGGUGCUGUUAGAAAGAAUGUGUAACUUAAUACAAGCAACUUCCCAAACCACUGAAGGCAAAAUUAACGAAGUUUGUCAAAAGAUAUGGAAAUAUGCGAAUACUUAUGCUAUCGAAAGUGAAGAGUUAUCAGUUGAAGAUAGGGUACCAGUGUGGUAUGUAAUGGAUGAAUUGGGUUCAGGGAUUACACAUUCAGAUAAUCCAAAUUUUCGUAUAGUUCCAUUUAUGUAUAUACCAGAACAACUGACAUACACAUUGCUUUUUCCAAUUGAAAAUGUUGAAGAAGGUGAUAUUAUCACAAGAAACUUUGUAGAAGGGCAUUAUGCUGACUCACUUCAGAGAGAAGCUAUGCUUAUACCUUGGAACUAUUAUGAACAUUUUGAUGAUGAUUUUAACCAAGAAGAGCCAGAUGCAAAUUAUUUUUUGGAAGGGCAUAUAGUGGAAUCACUACCAGAGUUAGAAUUGUUAAAUGAAAAUAAACAAAACACUGCUACACUAAAGGUUUUUUCUGAGUAUGAAUUCAUUAACCAACAUUUGACUGCUCCUGGAUUUGAAAUAGUUGACAAUGAAAAUGAUGCUGAUAUUCUUUGGUAUACUAAUCAUUUUAAAACCUUUAAGGAAUUGAGUGCCACUCCUCAUAAAUUUGUAAAUCAAUUCCCCUUUGAGUAUGUGAUAACAAUUAAGGACCUAUUAGCUAUAGUAGCGAGGCGAGGUCAGAAAAAACUUAAUCUUGAUGAGAAUAACCUUGAAACAUUACCAGCUUGGCUCCCCACAACUUUUAACAUGAAAACGGAAUUACCUAAAUUAAUUGCAUAUUAUAUGCAGAGGCAGAAGCAAGGAUUAGACAAUCACUGGAUAUGUAAGCCAUAUAACUUAGCUCGAGGCUUAGAUACUUAUAUUUCUGACAAUUUAGAUUUUUUAUGCCGUCUACCAAUGUCUGGCCCUAAGGUUGCACAGAAGUAUAUAGAAAACCCAGUAUUAUUUGAAAGGCAAGAUGUUGGACUAGUAAAAUUUGAUGUACGCUAUGUGAUUUUACUAAAAUCAGUAAAUCCUACUGUACUUUAUGUUUAUAAUAAUUUCUUCCUUAGACUUUCUAAUAAAGAAUUUACACUUGACAAUUUCGAUGAUUACGAAAAACAUUUCACUGUCAUGAAUUACAGCGAAGGUGUCCCACUGUUUAAAUUAUUAUGUGAAGAUUUCAAAGCAGCUUGGUCGGAACAAUACGCCAAUUAUAACUGGGCUGAAGUAGAAAAGUCAAUAUUUAAAAUGUUUUCAGAAUUAUUUACUGCAGCCACUGCAAAAGAUGCUCCAUGUGGCAUUGCAAAAAGUCCACAAUCUAGAGCUCUAUAUGCUGCAGACAUUAUGCUCAGUUGGAAUGAAAAUGACAAAGAUAAAUUCAUACAGCCUAAAUUAUUGGAAGUAAACUGGAUGCCAGACUGUCGCAGAGCUUGUGAAUAUUAUCCAGAUUUCUAUAAUGAUAUCUUUUCAGUUAUGUUUCUAGAUAAAGAAGUGAAUACCUGUACUAAGAUUUUGUAAAACUAACAAAUGGCUUAUGCUCUCUAUUUAUUCAUUGAAAAGACCAUCAGUAAAUAUUUUAAUCAAUUUUAUUAGUGAUUUCACAGAAGACAACAAUUAUAAUUAUAUCACUAAAGAUUGCUUGAUUUCAUAAAUAUAAAUUAAUU